AUGGAAAGAGCUAUUUCUCUGGACCAUCGAUACCCUGCCACUCACCGUGAUGCUUUCUGUAUUCCCAGCUAUGGAUCAAUGGGCUUGAAAAGCGAUGGAGCGAAUCAAUCGGAUUACUCAACUGUCACUUACCUCUGUGGAAACUCUUUAGGAUGCAUGCCUAAAUCAACAAGAAAUGCGAUUAACAAAGAACUGGAUGCAUGGGCCGAUCGUGCAGUGGAAUCCCAUUUCCGGCAUUCUGGAGAACAACAAGGACUCACUUCUUGGAUGGACAUCGAUUUGCCGUUAUCCAAUCUGCUUCCCUCAUUAGUAGGUGGCUUGGAGUCCGAAGUAGCCGUAAUGGGAUCGCUUACGGCAAAUUUGAACUCUCUGAUGGCAUCGUUUUACCGUCCCACUUCUUCAAAAUUCAAAAUUCUGUGCGAAAAAGGUGCAUUCCCAUCGGACUUUUAUGCUUUGUACAAUCAAUGUGCACUGCACAAAGUUGAUCCAGAAGAAGCUCUCAUAAGGUUGGAGGUUCGUGAAGGAGAAUCCUAUUUACGUACGGACGAUAUUAUCAGAGCGAUUAGCGAUAAUCAUGAAGAACUCGCUCUGGUUUGCUUGCCGGGCGUCCAAUACUACUCAGGCCAGUGGUUCGACAUGGAGAAAAUUACCAAGUUCGCCCACCAGUUCAAAGACGUUGUGGUUGGAUGGGAUCUGGCACAUGCGGUAGGUAACGUUCCAUUAGCGUUACAUGACUGGGGCGUAGAUUUCGCAUGUUGGUGCUCUUACAAGUACCUCAAUUCCGGUCCUGGGGCAAUAGCAGGUAUAUUUGUGCAUGAGAAGCAUAGCCAGGUUGGGUCAUCGGAUAAUGGUCGUUAUUUACCACGUAUGGCCGGAUGGUGGGGCAACAACAGAGAGAGAAGAUUCCAAAUGAAGGAAGUUUUUGAACCGAUUUCAGGAGCUUUAGGAUUUCGUCAAUCUAACCCCAGCGUGAUCGACGUUGUUGCAUUGAAGUCAUCACUCGAGAUUAUUCAAGAUUUCGGUGGAAUUAAUGCGUUGAGAGAAAGAUCGUUGCUACUAACGAACUACCUUGUCGAACUUCUAACGGCAUUGCCAAAUUAUCACCAAAAAUUGCCAAAGAAUACCUCAACCGCAGGUUUUACCAUCCUCACCCCAUUGGCGGAGAAAGAACGAGGCGCUCAAUUAUCUUUAUUGUUUUUCCCACAUCAUGACGAUCGUAAACUCGACACAAUGGAAAGAGUCUUUGAUUACUUGAACGAACGAGGUGUGAUAGUCGAUGAGCGCCGUCCAGACGUGAUAAGGAUUGCACCUGUGCCCCUCUACAACACUUUCCAAGACGUUUGGAGGGCCGUGACGCUGCUCAACGAAGCUAUAAAAUCGAUUGCAUAA